AUGUGGAAGAUGUUACUUUGCUUUCUCGGCUGUUUUUGUUUGUGGAAUUUGAACUUUCUCCGAAGUUUCUCCAAAUUUUUAGUGGUGUUUUUGCAUAAACAGUGGAAUUGUUUUACAUCACAACAUAAUCCUAAUGUUGCCUUAGUGCUACCCACAGUAAAACAUAAAAGCGCGCCGUGGGAAGAAAAUUGAAAAAGUCCUGAAAUGGAAGAAAGAAAGCAAUCCCGCUUCUACACGUACCUGCCAAUCUUUCUGUGCAGCCUCGCAAUCCCAUUGUCCAUGUUCAUGUGGCUGGGUCAUUUGGCAUUCACAAAGUUCACGACUCAUCCGGAAGAUGAUAAUUUGGAAAUUCCUCCCACAAGGUGGCUCAUGUCAAUCCUCAUCCCCACCUUGUUUGCCGUCUACGGCUACCGGCGAAAGGGUGUGAACCUAUCCGGAGCAAUUUUUGGCUUCAUCCUUGCUGUUGUGCUCACCGUGGCUAAUUAUGCCUUCCUCUCGUGCCUCAUGGUCUUCUUCAUCACUGGAUCACGAGCUACGAAAUUCCGUUCAGCGCAGAAGGCGAAGAUUGAGGAGGAUUUUCGCGGUGGUGAAGGGAAGCGUAACUGGAUUCAGGUGCUCUGUAAUGCUGGUAUGGGCCUCCAGUUGUCCUUCCUCUAUCUCAUUGAUUGUGGCCCCGGAGAGAGACCAAUUGACUUCGGGCCACUUUACCGCUCUAGCUGGUUGGGUAUUGCCCUCCUGAGCUCCUUUGCAUGCAGCAACGGGGACACAUGGGCCAGUGAAUUGGGCAGUGUACUCAACAAAGCAGAUCCCUUCCUCAUAACCACGCGGAAACGCGUUCCACGCGGUACAAAUGGCGGUGUUACCCCCAUAGGGCUCCUCGUGAGCUUCCUCGGUGGUCUCGCCAUUGGAAUUGGCUACUACCUCACCAUUAUAUACUCCGUCGAUCGAGCUAUCCUCCUCCGUAGUCCACCGCAGUGGCCUCUAAUUAUCUUCGGUGGUAUUGCUGGGCUCUUUGGCUCCGUCAUAGAUUCCCUCAUUGGGGCAACACUUCAGUUCUCAGGGCAGGAUGAGAAGGGACACAUUGUGGAGCAUCCGGGGAAGAAUGUGCGACACAUCAGUGGAAUUCGCAUCUUGGAUAAUCACAGUGUGAAUCUCAUCUCAAGCAUUGUCACCGGUCUCAUCAUGCCAACCUUUGCCAUUCAUUUCUGGCCCUAAACUUCCUCCGGGGGAAUGCUGAUGAGUCUUGCAUAAAUUUUUACAAUUACAUGUAGUGAAAUCUUGAAUUAAAAAAAUGUACUUUAUGUAAAAAAAAAUCUCUUUAUAAAAAUGUGUAUUUGUGUACGGAAUUAAAGUAUUUAUAUGGCAUUUAA